AUGGUUGGCCGCCUUGAAGGAAAAGUAGUCGUUGUGACUGGCGGCGGCAGUGGCUUCGGAGCCGGCAUUGCCACGAAAUUCACCCAGGAAGGUGCAAAAGUGAUCAUUGCUGAUCUCGCGCAAGAGAAUGGCGCCAAGGUCGCGCAGUCUUUGGGCUGCACGUUCCAGAAGGCAGAUGUCACCAAGCGAGCAGACUGGGAAGCGGUGCUGAAGAACGCCAUUGACUCCUUUGGCGGGCUGGAUAUCAUCGUCAACAACGCCGGCGCCACCUACUCGAAUAAGCCGACUGAGACAGUCAAGGACGAGGACUUCGACCUUUGUUUUCACGUGAACGUGAGAAGUGUCUACCUCUCGAGCAGUGUGCUAUUGCCAUAUUUCCUGGAAACCAAGCGCCCUGGUUGUUUUAUUCAGAUUGCUUCCACAGCUGGCAUUAGACCGAGGCCCGGAUUGACAUGGUAUAACGCUUCGAAGGCCGCCGUGAGCAAUGCUACCAAGACCAUGGCUGUGGAAUUCGCCCCCCAAAAGAUCCGAUUCAAUGCGGUGUGCCCGGUUGUAGGAAGUACGGGCAUGACACAUCUCUUCCUAGGAAAGCCAGAUACAGAAGAGAACCGAAAGGCGUUUGUGUCGACCGUCCCUUUGGGCCGAGGCAGCACCCCCAAGGAUGUCGCUAAUGCAUGCUGCUAUCUCGCGAGUGAUGAAGCAGAGUUCAUCACAGGCGUGAACUUGGAAGUGGACGGUGGUAGGUGCGUUUGA